AUGACUGGAGUACAAACAUUCGUGCUUAUCACACAAAUGUAUGCCCCCAGCGCUUCCAAAAUUAAACAAAUACAGAAAUACCUGUUCGUGAAGAUGGGCCCAGGGGAUAGGGGCCCGAAGACUACGGAAGACCGGUCAGCUCCGGUUGACCAUACCGGUGUUAAGAAAUGGCUUGUGGAGAACACACUCCUCGUAAUCACAUUAGCUGGAGUACUUGCUGGUAUUGCUGUUGGGUUCGGUCUUCGACCAUACAACCUGGGGCCAGAUGCUUUGAUGAUAAUAUCGUAUCCAGGGGAACUUUUUAUGAGGUUGUUAAAGCUUAUGAUCCUGCCUCUUAUCAUUGCUAGCCUCAUAGCUGGCUCUGCAAGUCUGAAUGCUAAGAUGAGUGGCAAAAUUGCAGUCAGGACGUUACUAUACUUUAUUUUAACGUCCAUGUUUAAUGCGUUUCUUGGCAUCGUAUUGGCUAUGCUAAUACACCCCGGUCAACCGGAACUCAGAGAAGAUUCAUUUGUUGCCAUUGAAAAUAAAAGGGAUCAUAGCAUUUUGGACAGCCUUUUAGAUAUAGGCAGGAACAUUUUCCCAGAUAAUAUAGUACAAGCCGCAUUCCAACAAGCGCACACUGUGUACAUUGAACAGAAGACGCUCUUUGCUAAAAACGCAACAGAUAGCACUAUGCCAGUUUUAGUCAGGGAAAUAAGAUACAGAUCAGGAACUAACACAUUAGGUCUAGUAUUCUUUUGCUUAGUGUUCGGUAGUUUAUUGGGAACUUUAGGGCCGAAGGGCAAGGUUGUGAUAGAUUUCUUCCAAGCUAUAUUUGAAGUUAUCAUGAAAAUGGUGACGGGAGUGAUGUGGUUCACUCCCGUGGGUGUCAGUAGUGUUAUUGCUGGGAAGAUCCUUGGAGUUACUAAUGUUGGCCAAGUAAUGUCACAACUAGCAUGGUUCAUAGCCACAGUUACAAUUGGUGUGUUUUUGUACCAAUUAAUUGUGAUGCAAUUGAUAUAUUUCAUAUUUCUAAGGCGGAACCCAUACAAGUUCUAUUGGGGACUUUCUCAAGCGAUGUUGACCGCCUCCGCUACGGCUUCUACUGCCGCAGCACUUCCAGUGACUUUUCGCGCUAUGGAAGGACCCCUUCGUAUAGACGCUCGUAUUACGAGAUUCGUACUGCCUAUAGGCUGUAAUAUAAACAUGGACGGCACGGCGUUAUUCUUAGCAGUGGCUAGUGUGUUUAUUUGUCAGAUGAACAGUAUUCAUCUUGGAUUUGCGCAAUUGGCUACCAUAUUCCUGACGUCGACGGCGGCGUCGGUGUCGUCGGCGUCGGUGCCGUCGGCCGCGAUGGUGCUGCUGCUGGUGGUGCUGGCGGCGCUGGACGCGCCCGCGCACGACGUGUCGCUGCUCUUCGCGGUGGACUGGCUUGUUGACCGCAUUCGUACAACCAACAACAUGUUAGGAGAUUGUUACGCCGCUGCCGUCGUCGAGAAGAUGUCCAAAAAUGAGCUUAUGGCGUGUGAUGCUGCGUCCAUGGAGCCGUCCCUUACGAACGGCCUGCCAACAUCUAACACAGAAAUCGAAAUAGGUAUCGUCACACCCGGUAAGAAGUCCAUCGCAUCCGACGAUGUCAUCAUCGAUAUGCAUUUACAUAAA